CUAAAAAUUUUUUAAGAUUUAAAUCAUACAUGGAAAAUACUGUCGAGGGAAAUCUAUCGGCUGCUUCCCGUGGAGGAGUUCCAGGAACGCUUUCUCUUAUUGAGGCUUUUUUGAAGGAUGGUCGUCAUGGUUCUCAUCCUAAAUGGGCUGUCCUCUUUUACUGCCUUCGCAUUGGCGAUAUUGCUGGUGCUUCUAAAGUAGCUGAUGGAUUGGCAAAUAAUGCUCAGUGUUCCGCUCUAGUUGGUGUUUUGUCAAAUUUGCCGAAACUGACCAGUAUUGAUGAGGAAAGAAGAAUAAAAAUUCGUGCAGAAUGGAAACAAAAUUCUCAAACUUGUUCUGAUGAUUACAAAAGUGCUGUUUAUGGUUUAUUUCUAGGCUUUGAUUGUCCAACUGUUAACACAACAAUUGAGGAUUGGCUUUGGGCUAGACUAAUUUCUUGUAAAUGGGCACAGGAAUCAACUCGUGCUUUCAGACAAUUACAAACGACUAUUUGUGCUCAACAUGGUGAACGUUAUUUUGUUGUCGAAGGAGGUAGUCAUCUUCUUUAUUUUGCUGUUCUUCUUCUAACUGGUCAAAUUGAACGUGCAAUUUUUAUUUUACACAAAUCUGCUGAAUAUUCAGUUCACGCUGUUCAUAUAGGAUUGUUAGCCCAACAAAUUGGUGUUUUAUUGUGUACUGAUAGCGUUUCGAGUGCUGAUAUUUUAGUUCAAGACGUACAUGAACCAAGCAUUUGCCAACUUAAUUUGGCUCGUUUGGUUUUAUUAUAUGUUAAAGAAUUUGAAUUGACCAAUACUGCUUAUGCUCUAAAUUAUUGUUUUUUCUUACGCGACUUUCAGUUGGAAAAUUUAAUUGAUGGAAAUGUUUCCACUACUGGUAGAUCUGUAUUUGAUGCCUGUGUCAGUCGAUUGGUAUUUUUAAACAAAGAUGAGCGCGACACCAUUCUUGGACAUUUUAAUCAACAAGAUGAAAGAAUGCCUGGUUUAAUCGACAAAUUUUCUGGAAGUUUAAAUGUCAAGGAUGUAAUUGGUCGUGUUGCCUUUGAUAUUAGUAUUGAAGGAGAUCCUUUGUGUGCUUGUCAACUUUAUGCGCUUUCUGAUCGUUCAGAUGAUGCUAUUCAACUUGCUUCUACUCAACUUUCAAAAUAUAUUUCUAAUCCAUCUACUGAACAUGCAAUUCAAUCAGUUAAAUGUGCCGAAUGGUUAGCACGUCGAUAUGGAAUAGAUUCUACCAGAGAAAGCUUUUUAUACCAAACUUUAUGCCGUCUUCUAGAAUUGUACACAUUUUUCUUUGAUGCUGAAGCAGGCAAACAUCGUGAAGCAAUUGAAUUAUUACUUCAUCGAAUGAAAUUUAUUCCAACUGAUCCUGAAGAUGUUUCGGCUGCUGUAGACCAAUUUCAUAUGGUGGCGGAUGAGAUUCGCCCACUUCUACCUGAUAUUUGCUCUCAAUUAAUGCGUUCAAUUGUGAGUGCACACGAAUCAGCACCUCCAGGCUCGCCGGAAACUUUAUUGCUUAAACAAUAUGCAAAAGCAUUGAUUCUUUACACAGCACAAAUACCUUUUCGUUUUCCUGUUUCAACAAAUUCACUUUUACUUCAACUUCGAUCUCGAAUUGUUUGA